AUGGAAAAGUUUUGGAUCAUUGAGGAAAACAAGGAUGUUUCAUUCUUUUCCGUUGAAGAAGCAGCCUGUGAGGCUCAUUUCCGCAAAACAGUUUCUCGCUCUCCUGAGGGACGUUAUAUCGUUCGCCUUCCGCUGAAACAAAACGCUUUACUGCACCUCGGUGAUAACCGCCGCUCAGCCAUUCGUCGUCUGCAUCUCGUCGAAGGUCGUCUCACUAGCAAUCCAGAGCUGGGCGGUCACUACCGAAAUUUUAUGCAAGAAUAUGAAGAAUUAGGCCAUAUGAAACUAGUUCGCGAUUAUGAAAACCCACCAUCUCCCUGUUAUCAUCUGCCUCAUCACGCCGUUCUUCGAGAAGACAGCACGACAACAAAACUUCGUGUCGUGUUUGACGCAUCCUGUAGAACCACGAAGGGAUCAUCCUUGAAUGACGCUCUCAUGGUUGGCCCAAUCGUCCAAGAAGAGCUCCGCUCAAUCAUCAUGCGCUCCAGAACCCACGCCAUUAUGCUCAUCGCCGACAUAAAGCAAAUGUUUCGCCAAAUACGGAUUGAUGAAAGAGACACACCACUUCAACGAAUCGUUUGGCGAUCGUCUCCAGACGCAACUUUAAACACGUAUGAGUUGAAGACCGUGACAUAUGGCACUGCUAGUGCACCCUUUCUGGCCACAAGGGUACUCCGUCAGCUUGCCGAUGACGAACAACACCGCUUUUCAGAGGCCGCCGACGUUCUACGCAAGGACUUUUACGUGGACGACCUGUUCUCCGGAAGUAAGACUGUGGAAGAGGCUAUCAGACUUCGUAACCAACUAGACUCUUUACUCUCUGCGGGAGGCUUUGAGCUACGUAAAUGGGCUUCAAACGUGGAGGAAGUCCUAGAAGGCGUGCCCUCAGAGCACCGAGCGUUAAAGACAUCAGUAGAUCUCGAUCGUGACGAAUGCAUCAAAAGUCUUGGGCUACAUUGGGAACCAGCAACCGACCAACUUCGUUACAAGAUCGACCUACCUUCGAGUAACGACACUCAGCUCACGAAGAGGAUUGCACUGUCCCAAAUUGCUCGUAUUUUUGAUCCACUUGGCCUAGUCGGACCCGUUAUAACAACGGCCAAGUUGUUUAUGCAGGCUCUAUGGACAUUGAAGGCUAACGAUGGAAACAUAUGGGGAUGGGACCAGGAACUUCCGCCUACCUACAAAGAACGAUGGUUCAAUUAUAUGUCUCAGUUGCCAUACCUAAAUGAUCUCCGCAUAGAACGAUACAUCCUUUGUUCGAAUCCUUCAUCCAUUCAGCUCCACUUUUUUUCUGACGCAUCUGAGAAUGCCUAUGGUACUUGUUGCUAUAUCCGUUCAUCGAAUUCAAACGGAGAAACUAAAACCGCACUUCUUACGACAAAAUCAAAAGUUGCCCCGUUGAAGCAACAGAGCAUCCCGCGUCUCGAACUUUGUGGCGCGCUCCUUUCCGCGGAACUGUACGAGAAGGUAACCAGCUCACUGCAGAUCCCUACAGAUACCUACUUCUGGGUGGACUCGACGAUCGUUAUUUGCUGGCUUAACUCUACUCCGUCAACCUGGAACACUUUCGUUGCGAAAAUACAACUUGCCACAAAAAAUGUACUUGGACCCAUGUUUCGGGACAACAAAAUCCUGCUGACCAUAUAUCUCGUGGUUUGUCUGCUGAGAAUCUACUCCACGACGAGCUUUGGUGGAGGGGCCCACACUGAACCAUCGUUCAUUGAUGAUUUAGCCACCAAGUUUUCAAGUUACCAUAAAAUGCUACGGGUGGUGGCUUACUGUCGACGUUUCAUUAAUCAUUGUCAGGGAAGAUCGAGACCAUCCAGAACAGUCAUCACUGCAGAAGAACAACAGGCAGCGGAAAUGAACCUGAUACGAUUGGUGCAGCAACAAUCAUUCACCGCCGAAUGGAACCAGUUGGAACGGUCCCAACCAGUUGGCCUGAAAUCCCGUAUUCGCUGGUUUCACCCAUUCAUUUCGGUCGACAAGAUAAUUCGAAUAGGUGGUAGACUAAAAAACGCGCAACAACCCUAUGACAGUAAACACCAAAUCUUACUACCAUCCGCCCACGCCUUUUCAAAUCUUCUCGUACGGCACCUACACGAAACAAAUCUUCAUGCUGCACCGCAAAUGCUACUCAAUAUCCUUCGUUUGCGUUAUUGGAUUACUGGGGCCAGAAGUCUGGCUCGAAAGAUCGUUCAAAACUGCAUUGCAUGCGCCAAAAUGAGACCAAAACUUGUUCAGCAAUUCAUGUCUGAGCUUCCAAAGGAAAGAAUCACCGCCGCUCGUCCGUUCACCAUCACAGGAGUCGACUAUUGGGGUCCAAUAUUGUUAAAACCAAUUCAUCGUAGAGCAGAACCGGGAAAGGCAUACGUGGCAGUCUUCGUCUGCUUCGCAACAAAGGCUGUGCAUCUCGAGCUGGUGAGGGAUUUAAGCACUAGUAAAUUUAUUCGGGCACUCCGUCGUUUUGUAGCCCGACGUGGGCUGUGUGCUGAAAUUUUCAGCGAUAACGGCAAGAACUUUGUUGGUGCAGCAAACGAACUACGUCGAAUCGUCCGGAGCGAUCAGCACCAACAAUCGAUUGCGGAAGAAUGUGCUGCUAAGGGAAUACGAUGGCGUUUCAACCCUCCCAAGGCCUCACAUUUUGGAGGACUGUGGGAAGCAGCGAUACAGUCUGCUCAAAAGCACUUUUUCAGAGUUUUAGGGAAUCACACUCUAUCGAUGGAGGAUAUGCAAACACUUUUAGCACAGAUCGAAUGUUGCCUAAACUCGCGACCAUUAGUUCCUUUGAGCGACGAUCCUCUGGACUUCGAACCUCUCAGCCCUGGACAUUUCCUUACUGGAACAUCGUUGAAGUCCGUUCCAGAUGUCGAUGUCACCAACAUUCCAUUAAAUCGCUUGAAGGCUCACCAACAAAUACAAAAACUCCUACAGCAAAUUUGGCGGCGCUGGCAUAUUGAAUACCUUUGCACCCUUCAAACUCGCACGAAAUGGAUCAAACCUCCGGUAGCCAUUCAUCGGAACCAACUUGUGCUGCUUAAGGAGGACAACGCCCCGCCUUAUCAAUGGCCUACUGCUCGAGUCCUCGAAAUACUGCCAGGAGUAGAUGGAGUCACAAGAGUCGUUACCGUAAAAACACCUGCCGGAAUAUAUACAAGACCAGUUUCGAAAAUCAGCCUUCUUCCUAUUAGUCCACCAGUAGAUGCAAACGAUGAACCGCAACCAUAA